AUGGCUGGCCCUGAGGGCUUCCAAUACCGUGCGUUGUACCCAUUCCGCCGGGAGCGGCCGGAGGACCUGGAGCUGCUUCCGGGUGAUGUGCUGGUGGUGAGCAGGGCCGCCCUGCAGGCGCUGGGCGUGGCCGAGGGCAACGAGCGCUGCCCACAGAGCGUCGGCUGGAUGCCUGGCCUCAACGAGCGUACCCGGCAACGCGGCGACUUCCCUGGCACCUAUGUGGAGUUCCUGGGGCCUGUGGCCCUGGCCCGGCCUGGUCCUCGCCCACGAGGCCCCCGCCCACUGCCCGCCAGGCCCCGAGAUGGGCCCCCUGAGCCAGGCCUUACACUCCCUGACCUACCCGAGCAGUUCUCCCCCCCUGAUGUGGCUCCCCCUAUCCUGGUGAAGCUGGUGGAGGCCAUUGAACGGACAGGGCUGGACAGCUACAGGCCUGAGCCACCCGCCAUGCGCACAGACUGGUCCCUGAGUGAUGUGGAGCAGUGGGAUGCAGCAGCCCUGUCAGAUGGUGUGAAAGGCUUCCUGCUGGCGCUGCCGGCGCCCCUCGUGACACCUGAGGCCGCGGCCGAGGCACACCGAGCCCUGCGGGAGGCUGCGGGGCCCGUGGGGCCGGCGCUGGAGCCCCCGACGCUGCCACUGCACCAUGCGCUCACGCUGCGCUUCCUGCUCCAGCACCUGGUCCGGGUGGCCCGGCGCGCCCCAGCCCCGGGCCCUGCGGUCCGUGCCCUGGGCGCCACCUUCGGGCCGCUGCUGCUGCGCGCGCCGCCGCCGCCCUCUCCGCCGCCAGGGGGCGCGCCCGACGGGACCGAGCCCACCCCCGACUUUCCUGCGCUGCUGGUGGAGAAGCUGCUUCAGGAACAUCUGGAGGAGCAGGAGGUGGCCCCUCCAGCACUGCCACCAAAACCCCCCAAGACAAAGCCAGCCCCCACAGGCCUGGCCAAUGGGGGCAGCCCGCCCUCCCUGCAGGAUGCCGAGUGGUACUGGGGUGACAUCUCCAGGGAGGAGGUAAACGAAAAACUGCGGGACACACCUGAUGGCACCUUCCUGGUUCGAGAUGCCUCCAGCAAGAUCCAGGGAGAGUACACGCUGACCCUCAGGAAAGGCGGAAACAAUAAGCUGAUCAAGGUCUUCCACCGAGACGGGCACUAUGGCUUCUCAGAGCCGCUCACCUUCUGCUCCGUCGUGGACCUCAUCACCCACUACCGCCACGAGUCCCUGGCCCAGUACAACGCCAAGCUGGACACACGGCUUCUCUACCCAGUGUCCAAGUACCAACAGGACCAGAUCGUCAAGGAGGACAGCGUGGAGGCGGUGGGUGCCCAGCUCAAGGUCUACCACCAGCAGUACCAGGACAAGAGCCGCGAGUACGACCAACUCUACGAAGAGUAUACACGCACCUCCCAGGAACUGCAGAUGAAGCGCACAGCCAUCGAAGCCUUCAAUGAGACCAUCAAGAUCUUUGAAGAGCAGGGCCAGACGCAGGAGAAGUGCAGCAAGGAAUAUCUCGAGCGCUUCCGACGUGAGGGCAAUGAGAAAGAAAUGCAGAGGAUCCUGCUAAACUCCGAGCGGCUCAAGUCCCGCAUUGCCGAGAUCCAUGAGAGCCGCACAAAGCUGGAGCAGGAGCUGCGGGCACAGGCCUCUGACAACCGGGAGAUCGACAAGCGCAUGAACAGCCUCAAGCCAGACCUCAUGCAGCUGCGCAAGAUCCGAGACCAGUACCUGGUGUGGCUCACUCAGAAAGGUGCCCGGCAGAAGAAAAUCAACGAAUGGCUGGGGAUCAAGAACGAGACUGAGGACCAGUACUCACUGAUGGAGGAUGAGGAUGACCUCCCCCACCACGAGGAACGCACAUGGUAUGUAGGCAAGAUCAACCGCACCCAAGCUGAGGAAAUGCUGAGUGGCAAGCGGGACGGUACCUUCCUCAUCCGUGAGAGCAGCCAGCGGGGUUGCUACGCCUGUUCUGUGGUGGUGGACGGCGAUACGAAGCACUGCGUCAUCUACCGCACGGCCACGGGCUUCGGCUUCGCGGAGCCCUACAACCUGUACGGGUCCCUGAAGGAGCUGGUGCUGCACUACCAGCACGCCUCCCUGGUGCAGCACAACGACGCGCUGACCGUCACGCUCGCUCAUCCCGUGCGCGCCCCCGGCCCUGGGCCGCCGCCCGCGGCGCGCUGA